CCGGACACAGCCCCGCGCUGCUCGCCCGCCCCAGCGGGGCCCCGGGCAGCCGCCCUCUGGGACCCUCCUCAGCCCCAGACGUCGGAACCGGGACCGGCUCCCUGGGAAUACCCAGAAGAUAAGGCAAGGGUCCGAGCAGCCACGAGGACUGAGGAGAAGCAUCUCUCAGCCGCAGCAGGACCCCCAGCGAGCACAGGACCAAAGGAGAAGUGUCGGCCACACGGGUGCAGCAGGACAAGCACGGUGUCGGUCACAGAGGCCAGUUCAACACCUCGGCAGCGCCAGCCGCUGCAGGUGCCACAGCUAAACACCAGCCAGGGACAAGGCUCUCCAGGCACCGGGGACAAGGCACAGCAUGGACGAGUCACUGGGUUUAGACCCUUCGGAGGAACCACAAAGUGCCGACCCGCAAGAUGCCUAUGAACGUGGGCAUGGCCCUUACCAGCCACACGAACCGGGCUAUGGUCUUGACCAGCCCGGAUACAGCCCAUAUGAGGAUGAGAUUCCCGAUCCCCAAGCCCAGAUGCUGGCAAUCAAGAAUGCAAAAGCCUAUUUACUGAAGACCAGCACAAAAUCCGGCCUGAAUUUAUAUGAUCAUUUUGCUAAUAUACUAACAAAGAUCCUGGAUGAACAGCCCACAAAUGCAGUAGACAUAAUUGAGAAUAUCAGCAAGGAUGUGAAGUGGGCUCAGUUUCGGAAAAAAAUGGACACUCUCCGAGAUGAACAUCUGAUUCCUCCAACAUUUGAAGCUGCAGAAAAGUGUAAAGCUCUGUUUGUCAAGGAAGGUGGAGAAGAAGAACAUGAAGAAGUAGAAGAAGAGAUGGGACAGCCCUCUCUACCAAAUGUGAUGGAAACAGCCUUUUAUUUUGAACAGGCUGGAAUUGGCUUGAACAAAGAUGAAUCCUAUUACAUAUUCCUUGCUCUUAAAAAUCUAAUUAAUCUUCAUCCAAUCCAGACCUGUCGCUUCUGGGGCAAAAUUUUGGGCCUGGAAAUGAACUAUAUUAUAGCUGAAGUACAGUUACGGGAAGGGGAAGAGGAGGAAGAAAUAGAAGAGGAAGGAGAGGGAAGUAUUGCGGAAGGAGAGAAAGAGUUGGGUGAGGGUGAAGAAGAAGAAGAGCAGAAAGAAAAAGAAGCUGAACCACCAAAGUCCACCUAUAAACCCCCACCUGAGAUCCCAAGAGAAGCAAAUGGGACUGGGACUAAUAAAUAUGUCUACUUUGUCUGUAAUGAGCCAGGCAAACCCUGGAUGAAGUUGCCUCCGGUGACACCAGCCCAGAUUGUCUGUGCCAGGAAAAUCAAGAAGUUCUUCACUGGUCGGCUGGACGCUCCUGUUGUGACCUUUCCUCCUUUUCCUGGAAAUGAGGCCAAUUACCUGCGCGCACAGAUAGCUCGAAUCUCAGCAGGAACCCAUGUCUCUCCCACUGGAUUUUACCAGUUUGCAGAAGAGGACGAAGAAGAAGAAGGAGCAGAUACAUAUGAAGAAAAUCCCGAGUUUGAGCCUCCUCCUGUGGUUGAAAUGGUGGAGUCCCUCACAAUGUGGGCACACCAUGUCAAGGGCAUUCUAAAUCAGGGUCGCUGUUCUUGGAUUAAUCCUUCUCAAAAAUCAGAGGAAAAUGAAGAAGAAGAUGAAGAGGAGGAAGAGGAGGAGGGAGAAGAGCAACAGGAAGAAAGAGGACCACCCCUUCUUACUGUAAUCUCUGAAGAUGAAGGCAUGAAAGACAUCCCUGCUUGGACAGCUCAGGCUUCUACAAACCUGAUCCCGCAAUAUUCUAUUGCAAUCCUGCAGUCUAACCGAUGGCCUGGAGCUUAUGCCUUUGCUUCUGGCAGGAAAUUUGAGAACAUCUACUUUGGCUGGGGUCACAAAUACAGUUCAGAAAGUCACACUCCUGCACUGCCCCUGCCAGCACAAACAGAAUUCCCCACCGGGCCAGAAAUCACUGAGACCGUAGACCCCACUGUGGAAGAGGAAAUGGCUUUCAAGGUUGCGCAGGAAGAAGCCUUAGCCGAAGCUGAGGAAGAGGAAGAUGAGGAAGGGGAGGAUGAUUAAAAUAUGGAAGAAAACAGAUUUUUUUAAAAGUUUGAACAUAAUCAGCAUUUAAUGUAGUCAUUUAUUUGCUGACCUCAAAAGAAAUGCAUUUGGAGUGUGCCUUCUUUUUUGAUUUCUGUAGGCUUUUCUUUGCAGCUAUCUUCCUCUCCUUCCCUACCCCUCAAACCUGCCCACGCUGGCAUGAAGGCUUUUUCUAUGUUUGUUUGACUAAGCAAACACAGUCUGCUUCCUAAAAUGAUACCUUUGAACUAAGAACUACCACCCAGCAGAUGCUCACACUUUCUAGUCAAUGCAUAUAUACAUUUUACUUAAAUAAAUUUUUAAAAAAUCCCA